CUAUAAAAGGUGGCGCCUAAACCACGUGACCCCUCUUCUGACUCCAGCAGCCACAAUGGAAGCCAGCCGCGUGCAGCCCAUCAAGCUUGCUCGGGUAACAAAAGUCCUUGGAAGAACAGGAUCUCAGGGACAAUGUACCCAGGUCCGUGUAGAAUUCAUGGAUGACAGCAACCGUUCCAUCAUUCGAAAUGUGAAGGGACCCGUGCGAGAGGGAGAUGUGCUAACUCUGUUGGAAUCUGAGCGUGAAGCUAGGAGAUUACGCUAAAUUGAUUGAUCCUUUGCUUUGACAUGCCGGCUAUUGAACAGACUGGAGAUUCCCAAGGGAGAACUAACAUCUUGUUUCUCUGACUGUAAAAUAAAACAUUUAUAAACAGA